AUGGGGGCCAAAACCUGGGGGCGCGGCUGGAAACUCGCUCGCCCCGAGGGGAAAAAGCGUAACACCAACAAGGCAUUCGCCGGGGUGCGCUGGGGGCCAACGGCUGGAGAUGCUCUUAGGGGCUGGGCUGACAGCUCCCCCUCCGCUAGUUACUCCGGAGGAAGCUGGAGGGUGGGGAAGCCCGGUUUCCUUUCGUCCGGUCUGCAGAUAGUUUACGUUUAUAUUUGUAUUGAAGGAAUCAUGAAGGAUGUACAACCCGACAAAUUAAUCCUGGACAACGGAGAGGAGGUUCCUUAUGGUUUGCUUGUAUGGUCUACUGGAGUUGGUGCUUCAUCAUUCGUCAAGUCAUUGCCAUUUCCUAAGUCAGCUGGAGGAAGGAUCGGUGUAGAUGAGUGGUUACGUGUUCCUUCAGUGCCAGAUGUAUUCGCUGUUGGUGAUUGCUGUGGAUUCCUUGAAAGCACUGGCAAGGAAGUUCUCCCAGCCUUAGCUCAGGUUGCCGAGUGACAAGGCUUGUACCUUGCUCGCCUGCUCAACAGUGUGAUGAAAGCUCGAGGAGGGCAUGCAAACUCCCAGGUUGAAGUUGAUCUAGGUCCAAAGUUUGUAUAUAAGCAUCUAGGGAGUAUGGCAACCGUUGGAAGGUACAAAGCUUUGGUGGAUAUGAGGCAAAGCAAGGGCUCGAAGGGCAUAUCCAUCGCAGGAUUUGCAAGCUGGUUCAUCUGGCGCUCGGCAUACCUGACUCGUGUUGUCAGCUG